AUGAUCGCUAGCGGGUCGUUUUCUGGGCUUGAGGAGCGACUUACUCUGUGCAAACGGGAUCUGGACGAAAAGGACCGCCUCAUUACAGUACUAUCUAGCGAGGUGAACUUGGGGUUUCGUAAUGCACGAAAUCAAAUCAUCCAACCAAAUAAACUUACUGGUAUUCAGGAAGAAGUUGGAGAUUUGCUAAAAUUACGGGAAAUAGCCAUAGCACAAAAUAAACUUAUGGAAAAUUAUAGCGAUCGUUGCAAACAAGAUUUAAACUGUUCGAUUGUCAUUAAGGAAAAGAAAAGAGAAUUGACCUCCUUGGAAUCGAUGGAGCGGUCUAUGCGAGAGAAGGUUGAGCGGGUUGAAGAGGCUUUGCGUAAUUCCCUCUCUCAGAUCGUUGACCAACAACAAACAAUUCGACAACUAAUGAUAGACAAGGAAUGCACAAUCCAAAAGGCUUCAGAAAUGGAUGAAAAGUUUAAAAGUUUGGUUGAAUGGAUGCAAGUGAUCAUAACCUCCACCAAGCCAGCUCUUACUGAUCAAGAAGAAACCGAUUUCUCCGACGAAGCUGUUCAAAGGCUUAAAACAAAAAUCGCUACAAGUAUCACAUUAUCCCGUCAAAACGCGGUUCGCAUUGAGGAACUUCAGAGCAACCUCACAGCUAAAGACGUACAGAUUUCUCAUCUGAAGAGCGUGGUUGCUAAGUUGGGCUGUAGUUUGCGGCAUUCCACUGAGGCUGGGAAAGAGCCAAAGAAUGAGAACGAUUCGGCCGAUUUGGGGCGUUUAGGAAACAGAACGAUGCAAGGAAGACUAGACUCACAAGUGAAAGAAGCUAGAAUGGAACUUCCUCCCUUCAAAGAGAACCCACCCCAGCGCGAUCUGGAGUCUUUGACGAAGAAUAAAAGUUUCAGACAAACUUUGGCUGAUUCCCUAAGCAGGUCGGGUUGGAUUUGUGAAGAUUUGGAAGAAGAAAAAUUACUUGAUGUUGUUCGUCGAGUGUUGGCAACACUUACGAGCAAAACUGAAGCCUGUUGCCGUUUGCAAUCUCAGGUGACAGAAUUGAUUGACAGGUUGGCGGCGUCAGAGAGAAGGGUUGAAAAGGUGGAAGAGAAGUGUUCGAAAAUGCGAGCAGAGCGAAGUCGAAGUCCCUCAAAAUCCGUCGGUUUUUUGCCCUGCACAACUGACUUGGAGGACGCUUAUGGGCGACUGCUGCAGUUUUUGAAGCAAUUGGAAAACCGGAUUCCUGUUGAUCAAACAAUUUUUGAGCAAAUGAGUGUGGCUGAUCAACGUGAUUUCAUCCUUAACUAUGUGGAAGAAUUGACCACACCCUCGCCGGCCAAGUCGGAGAGCGAGUUAGCGCCCAAAUUGCACAAACGGGUACAGCGACUUCAGGACGAGCUGGCAAGCCGCGAUCUACAACUGAAGACAUGGCGUCGGAAGGUUGACAAACUGGAGGAGCAGUUGGUGAUAGCCAAGAAGAACGAGGCAGAGGCCACUGAAAAGCAUGUUUUCGCCGAGCAACGCGCUGCACAACUCCGUAAAAAUGAAAUGGAGACCAAUAAAUUAAAAAAUGAGGUGCUGCAGCUUAGAAUUCAACUCAAGGACAACAAAGAUGUUAAAGAUCGGCUGGAACAGAAAACGACGCGGGUUGUUGAGUUGGAGGGAUCACUACGGGACCUUGAGGAGAUUCGCCAACGACAGGCCAACCGAAUUGAGGAGUUGAUCACCACACUGGAGACGGAAAAGGCCGCGAUGACUAGGAAUCUCGUUCAACAAGCCCAACGUGUUCGCUUCGAUGUGGAUCGUGAUGACGCUACUCAGUUACUAGAGGAAUCUCGUAAAGAGACUCAGGAGCUGCGUGACUUUCGGGAUAUAGUUGGUCGUCUGCUUGGAAUGCGCGUGAACGAUCUCCCAGAGCCAAAUAAGGACAUCCUGCGCGGAGUGGAGCGACUUCUCAAGGAGUCCGGACGCAACUCUCUCAACCAAAGUACCUCUCUCUGCGUUCGCAGCGUUUCGCCUCGUAGGGCAUUCCAUGGCUGUAGUGCACGCAUGGGAUCCACUCAUGCCUUCAGCGACUCGGAGCCAGUAGCGCCUGAACGAGCGAGCGGUCCGAUGCAGCACACGGAGGUGGGUCACGCGCGUAGCAGUCUGCGAACCUCCGUCCCGACCUGCUGUCCCUCCUCGCCCCUCCUUAGUAGCGCCUCGUGUUCAUCCGGUUCCCAGCAGCCCCCAGCGCGCGACACUCGAAGAUACUGA